AUGGGGAUAAAUAGCCUCACGGCCACGUCGAAGACUCGGUCCAUGUUCGCCACAAUGGAAGGAAAUGGAAUUGAGAGGACUUUGUUUCGUCAUGCUGGCGCUGCCAGCAAUUUUGCCAAUUUGCCUAGCAGACGUCCAGUUUUUCGCCGAUCCCGACCCUCUGUCUCGGAUCAUACGAGAACGCGCUUUGAGGAUCGCGAGCAUACGGAAAGUUUCGUCAUGCUGGCGCUGCCAGCAAUUUUGCCAAUUUGCCUAGCAGACGUCCAGUUUUUCGCCGAUCCCGACCCUCUGUCUCGGAUCAUACGAGAACGCGCUUUGAGGAUCGCGAGCAUACGGAAUGCCGACUCAAAUCGACCAUCCCGAGCUACCAAAGCUGCAUCUGUCGUCUCAGACGACGAAUCAUCUUUGCUUACAAAUCACGCGAUUCCCCAAAAGACGAUCCGGAAAACGUUUCGCGAUUCGCGUGCCGAUAUUCUGCGAAGUCAGAGAGUCACUCGACCGCCAACGGAAUCCAUUCGGAAAUCGACGGUUGCAGAAGAACAUACCGCGCAGGACGAGCAUUUCCACAGCGACGUGACGGUGCCAGUGAGGACCUCCCACGGCCUGGAUCACACCAUCGUCCACGUCGACGAACCCCAUCUGCGGAAUCUCAGUCUUCCCAUCAACACCGUGAACUCGGCGGAAAAACCGAGAAUCCAAGACCAGGAACUCCAUCUCUCGCCAGCAUUUUCAGCUGAAAAACUCUUACAGCAAGUCCAGACGGCGGCUGAUGAAGCAGUUUCAAUCGUGGAACUUGUUCUAAAUGCGGAAACAGACGAUGCGGUUUCCGAAAAGCAAGACGAGCAAAUCGAAGCUACUUCGCAGCCUGAGGAAAAGCCCGAACCAGAAAUAACCACCGCAACAAAUUCUCGAGAAGUCCUAGAUGUCACUGAAACUCUAGAACCAACAACUGAACAAUCACAAGACUCAGAACCCGAUGAUGAAGGAACUCAGACCACUACAGUGGAGAGCCAAGAAGCUACGGAAACACCAGAGGCUAGGCCACUUAAAGACGAACAAGUGGUUUCGACAGCCGAUGACGAAGCAGAAGAGCAGCCAGCUCAAACAACCGCGAAUCCCCAAUCGAACCCCGACGAUUUUCAGGAAGGGGUACCGGAAGACUCAAGCAACGAAUCCACCACAGAAGAAACUAGUACAGUGAGUUCAGAUGACGUGAGACACACAAACGACUCUUCAGAAACAACAACCAUCACCUCCGAAAUUUCCGAGACGAGCUCUGAAGUGCAAACGACUACAGAAAAUGUCGACUCUUCCGUGGAGUCCACCUCCCUCGCGAAUUUGUCUGGAGAAGAUGAUAUCUCGGAGACAACGACGACAGGAAAUCUGAGGGAUCACAGUAAUUCAAGUAGCAGCAGCAGCAGCGAAGAAGUCACUUGGGAUGCUUCGGAUUCGUCGACAACGAGGUCACCAAAUGACUCUUCGGAGAGCAGUAGCAGCGAAGAGGAAAUUGGAGGGACAACCACUGAAUUUGACACCUCUGACAGCACCAACGCUGCUGCAAGCACAACAGAAUCCAUAAGCUCGAAUGACGAUGAAGGGGAAGCCGAUAUUCACAACGACGAAGCUGAUGAUGAAGUGCAGAAAAAUGUUCAAGAAACGACAACUGAUUCUGAUAGAAGCCAAGAAAUCGUCCAGACAACUACUGAGACGACUGAUUCCUCGAAAGAAGCUCAGAAUGCUGAAGUCCAUCAAAACUGGACACAUCAUCCCGACAGAGAAGCCUCGCAAGAAGUUCAGAUUGAAGAGCGGGACAACUUCGGAACCACGCCAUUGCCCCAAGAAGAGCACACAUCAUCGCAACCGGAAACUGACGAUACAACGUCGGAUUCGCCUUCAAAGGACGAGAAGAGAGAAUCAAGAUUGAAAGACAACGCAUUACGACAUGAACCAGCAGCUCCAAACACUGAAGCCGAGAGCUUCGAUACAGAUUCGUCCGAGUUACACACGUCGCUGCUCAGGGCAUCCUACGGAAAUGUACUCAAUCAUCCGACGCAAGUCAAGUCUUUCAUCGUGGAAGCAAGACAAACUGCUGAGUCAACCGACCGGGCUGCUCCGAGAAACUUGUACCUCAAACUCAACCUGGAUAAGUUAUUGGAUUCCCUCGCGAAAACACGGCGGACCCACUAAUCUUGAAAUUUUCUUUAUGGGGUGGUCUAGAACUUCGCGGACUUUUCGGAAAAAUGGAGUCUCAAACAAGAAAGAAUCAUUCAACAAUAUAAAGUACCAAGAGUACAUGUUCUUGCUUCGCUCACAGACAAGCACUUCUGUGGACUUAGAUUUCACUUUCAUGCAACGCUAGUAGGUUAGUAGUAGGUUGAUUAAAAUGCACUUCCAUGUUUCCCCAGAACGCAUGAAAAACAUAAAAUUCUCAUACCGACUCAGUCUGAGACAACUCUUAGUGAUAUCAAAAAUUAAUCGCUUUUUUUUUUUAAUACAGCAGUUUGCUCGUCAGUAAAAGUCAAGUACAGUAGAAUACAUAAGGUACACAGAAUUUUGAGAGCGACACUUAUUCAAAGACAAAAGUAAAUUCAGAGCAAUUUUUAUCUACGCGCCAACUUGACUUGCUAAUUCUAUUCAACCCUGAAGAAUGACAGAUAAACGUCAAUUUAAAACGAAACUGACCCAAUAAACAUACGUUUCAAAAUGCAUGUAUAAAAAGGAGCUGAUGAGUGAAUCGACUGAAACCGUCGUUUCCACGCAUUCCAUUCAAAAAAGCAAGGAACAAAACUACAGUGCUAUGUUUUGAUACAAAUUGUCUUCCACAAACGGAGCUUCAUGCUCAGGUUUUGGGGGUUUAUCCCCUGAUUUGGCGUCAGUUUCGAUCAUUGUUGGCGACUGAAAGCCAAAAGACGUGUUUUAAUUUGUUUCUGAUCAAGAAAUUCCGCGAGUUUUAUGACCUCCCCAAACAUCAUCUUGUUCUAGUCC